CUCGGUACAAUAAUAUUAGCACUAAUCCGCCGUCCUAGUAGUCAAUGUUCCUUCCGGCUGACUGAUCCCCCCCCCUCCCCAUCUUAUCCCAUGGGGCCACCACACGCUCCCAACUUCAGCCACCAUCCCCCCUCAUUCCCCCUCACCCCCCACCCGCUCUCAAGCCGUACACCAUCAUGAUUGUUCACAUCGUACAAUUCCAGUUCAAGGCCUCCGUGGCCCCUGAAAAGAUCCGGGAGACAUGUGCCCACCUUGUCUCUCUCCAGGAUAAAUGUUUACACCCUACUACCCAGGAACCCUACAUCCGCUCCUUCAAGGCCGGCAAGGAAAAUUCACCGGAGGGGAUGAGUAAUGGCAUCACCCACAUCUUCGUCAUGGAGUUUGACUCCAACGAGGACCGUGAAUAUUAUCUCACCAAGGACCCCGCUCAUCUGGGGUUUGUCAAGACUAUCAAUGGGCUGCUGGAGAAGGCCCAGGUCGUGGACUUUACAGACGGGGUCUUCUAA